AACCGGAUAGAUAAUUUUACUGGUUACAUACAGCCAUUAAAAUCCUGGUGCUCCUCCUUUUUGGUUGAAGUCUCUGCGUCUGCGAGAUCGCGCUUUAAGCUUCUACCCAGGCUUUUAAGUUCAUGGAUCACUAGGCCAAGGGAAUUGGUGACUGAGUAUUGUAAGACUGGUUGAUGCAGUAUCACAUUCUUUAAGAUCUUGAGUUUGGAAUUGAUUCUUUUUUGUUUCUGCAAUUAAAAUGGAUACUGGUGGGUGGGUAGAUGAAAAAAGCGAGAACAGAUUAUAUGUUGGAAACCUGGAUCUUCGAAUAAACGAGGCUGCGUUGAUAAAAAUGUUUUCUCCAUAUGGGAAGAUAUUAUCAGAAGACUUCCUUUGGCACACACGCGGGCCAAAGAAAGGAGAACCACGCGGCUAUGCUUUCAUUCAGUUCAGCCUUAAAGAGGAAGCUGAAUUGGCGAAGGAGAAGAUGCAUGGGAGAUUAGCUUGUGGUAGGCCUUUGGUUGUACGUCUAGCUAGUGAGAAGCAUCUUGAAGAUUCCUCUCAUGAUCAUCAUUCCAAAAGAUCAUUACCAGAAGCAAAUAGAACGAGGUUUGUAACUGGAACUAGUAGUACCUCAGGACAAAUGAGCCGAAACGAAAAAGUAGCUGCCAUCAAGAACAAACUCAAAGCAUUGGACGAAGAUGAGAAACAAGAUCCCAAGAAACAGAAGAUGUAAAAAGAAUCGGUUUAUAAAACCCACACAUCUGUUUUUUUUUUGUUCUUUUUAACUUUUGGCACUUCUAUAGUUGAACCCGAAUUCGGUUUACUGGUUUAAUGAAAACCAAAUUUGAUUUUAGA